AUGUUGUUCAUCAAACUAGUUCUAUCUACCCUCACUCUUGCUGCGGUUGUCGUUGCGGAGAUUCACGGUGCUCCUGGCCGCCGCCAUGCCGACAUAAGCAGCCUUCACACCGAGCGCGACCCCUCACAAAACGGGACGCUACUCAAGCGCGGCCAGACUUUCCAGAACGUGCGUUUUAGCAGGUACUCUCCUCAGACCGGGAACCAAGUCGCCUGCGGAGGCCUCUACCAAGACACCGACUGGGUUGUUGCGCUGAACGCUCCGCAAUUCGAGUCGAUCCCCGGACACAUGUGUGGUCAGGAGAUCACUAUUUCUCUCGACGGAAAGACUGCGCAGGCGACUAUUGUCGACGAGGUACUCUUUUCUCUAUUUCCAACUUUGCGGCCAUCCAUCCCCUGCCCCAGCUGCCCAGAGGGUGGCAUCGACUGUACGCCUGCAAUAGCGACUUUUUUCGGCUUCUAUAACGACAUCACAUGGGCCGGUGGCUGGAACGUCGGCGACGGCGAUCCCGCCCCGACGACCUCGUCCAUACCGCCUCCGCCCCCUACGACAUCGAAGACGCCGGACGCGACAUCCACACCGCCUCCACUCCCGCCUUCAUCGUCUAGCGCGGCAUUCACAAGCUCGUCGACCUGGAGUAGCGCGUCUUUGUCAAGCGUCUGGUCGUCUGCAUCCUCGUCCGCCUCUGCAUCGUCCUCCUCGGCUACCUCGUCUUCGAGAACUUCCAGCGCGAGCACGCCCCCCACUGCUGCUCCGAUCCCGAUAUCGAACCUCGCGGCGCUGUACGCGAAUUUAGUGAACAUGGCGCUCCUCGCACUCGCUAGCGAGAAUGGGCAGUAA